AUGAAGUCCUACAUCAGCCUCCUGCUGAGCUUCGGCGCUCUUGCAGCUGCCGCCCCGCAAGUCACUCUCACUCCCUUGAGCGGGCCAAUCCCUCCUGUCCGAAGUUCAGAAGUGACUGGUCCGACCUCGCAUGGACCAUACUCUGGUACACCGACAGUCACUGGUGCCUUGACUGCUCCUGCGGUCGCGCAGUCUAUUGCGCCUGGGCCCCCUAACCCAGUCACCUAUACCAACAACAACGGUCUGCUUCAAGCUGGCUACGAACCGAUCCCAUACCAGCCAGCAGGUGGCGCCGGUACCAACGGAAGCCUCCCCUACUAUCACCCAUUGUCGGACUUCGACUACGAGUCUCUUACCCUUGCUCUCUACCAGGAAUGGAUUGAACUGGAUCUUUUCCACAACGGUUUGGCACGCUUCCCUGCCUCAGAGUGGGAAGCUGCUGGCCUCACCGCUGAGGAUCGCUUUUUGAUCGAGUUCAUGGCAGACCAGGAAGUUGGCCAUGCUACUCUAUUGAGCAACAUCUUGGGCGCAGCGGCCCCUGCUCAGUGCACGUACAACUACCCAUUCUCCACUGUCCGAGAGUUUCUCGACUUCUGCCAGAAGCUCACUCGAUUCGGUGAAUCCGGUGUCUAUGGCUUCCUCGGCCACCUGGAUUCUCGCGAGUCAGCCACUCUGCUCCUGCAGUCCAUCACCACUGAAGCUCGUCAACAAUUUGCCUUCCGCCAGAUGACCGGCCUCUUCCCCAUGCCCGUCUGGUUUGAAGUCGGAGUUCCUCAGUCUUGGGCCUGGACUCUUCUGGCUCCUUACAUCUCGAGCUGCCCCGCCAACAACACCCGACUCGCAUGGCAAAACUUCCCAGCAUUGAGCAUCUUGAACCAGCCCAACAGCUUCAAGAUCAACCCUAACUUGGGACCUCCAUCCAACACCACCGGCUCCAACCCAAGCAACGAUACUGGUAUCGCUCAGAGCAAUGCAUGCUUUAGCUCCAAAAACGCCGCCACAGAUUGCGGUCCUGCCAUCAGCCAAAACAAGUCGAUUCCUCUGUCGUACCCCGGACGUCCUGUCCGCCUCUCAUGGGGCAAUGUCGGCGAGCCUGUCGGCCCCAACAACAGCUACGUCACUUCUCGUUCACCUUUGGCCGACGCUCCUCGUUACGCCAUGUUCGUGUCGCAGCUGAACGCCACCUACGUGCCUCUCACCAACAUCAGCGGCAACACUGCAGCUUGUAUUCAACCCAACAUGAGCACCUUCGCAGGUGACCCAGCUGUCAAUGGAACCAUGUUCUUGGCUAUCACCUCGCAAAACCCAUACGUUACUCCAUUCAACCUCAGCAUGGUCAACCCGUAUGUCUACGCCGGACCAGCUCUCUACCAGGCCGGUUAA